UGUUGUUGACCUGUUGACGCGGUUGAAAAGUAAUGAUGGAUAAUUUAAUGCCUCUAACUAAAUAAAAUUAAAUGAAAACUGUUGGGAACGGAUUAUAAAAUUGAAACUUAGUAACAUGGAUGUAUCUACGGAUAUAAAAAAUCGACAAAACAAAAAGAAAAUUAAGGAGAGAGAUGAUACUCCAGCAGCAGUGGACCCUGAGCCAAUACAAAAAGAGACAUUAUCUGCCAAGACUGAUCAGGGCCCAUUAGGUGUGUACUUGCACUUGGAAAUAAAUCUGGUGUUUCUUGGCUUAUUAGCAUUGGCCCUGUGUACAAGACUACCCAACCUUGAUGAACCUCAUUAUAUAGUGUUUGAUGAAUUACACUACGGCCGCUAUGUGUCUUUGUAUACAAAAGGAAUUUUCUUCUUUGAUGCCCAUCCACCUCUUGGAAAGCAGUUGUUAUAUCUAGCUGGCCGGGCUGCUGGCUAUGAUGGGAACUUCACAUUUGACAGAAUAGGCACACCCUACACAGACAAUGUGCCAGUGACCGCUUUGCGGCUUAUACCAGCACUAGCAGGCAGUAUGUUGGUAGCAGUAACAUAUCAAUUAAUGUUAGAAAUAUCUUUCUAUCACUGGACUGCGGUUCUGGCAGGUCUGCUUGUCCUAUUUGAAAAUUGUUUUUUAGCUCAGUCAAGGUUCAUGUUACUAGAAAGUAUUCAAAUAUUGUUUGGAUUGUAUGGAAUUUUGUGUGCUAUUAAGAGUACCCGUCGAACUGGCUUUGCAAGUUUUGUCUGGCUUUGCAUUGCAGCUUUGGCACUUGGCUGCUGCUUCUCAGUGAAAUAUUCAGGGGUUUAUUCGUACUUCUUGGCAGUAUUCCUUGUCGGAAGGCAAAUUUGGAAGCGGAUUGGGUGUACGCAAUCGGUACUACGCCUUACGUGGUCGGCAUUAUGGAGGCUCAUUGUCCUCACCGCUAUACCAUUUGCGGUAUACGUGAGUGUAUUCUACGCACAUCUGGCGAUGCUACCAAAAGCUGGGCCGCACGACAGUGUCAUGACAAGCGCAUUUCAAGCUUCGCUACAAGGUGGGCUUGCGAGUAUUACCCGGGGGCAACCAUUACAUGUGGCACAUGGUUCUCAGAUAACUCUCAGGCACACUCACGGGCGCACCUGCUGGCUACACUCGCACGCGCACGUGUACCCGGUGCGGUACACGGACGGGCGCGGCUCGUCGCACCAGCAACAGGUGACGUGCUACAGUUUCAAGGACGUGAACAACUGGUGGAUAGUGAAGCGGCCCGACCAGGCCUCGCUGUCGGUGUCGCGCCCGCCCGACGCCAUACGACACGGAGAUGUUGUGCAGUUGCUCCACGGGAUCACGAGCCGCGCGUUGAACUCGCAUGAUGUGGCAGCACCUGUGUCGCCUCAGUCUCAGGAAGUUUCUUGCUACAUCGACUACAAUGUAUCCAUGUCAGCACAGAAUCUUUGGCGAGUUGAUAUUGUGAACCGUGACAGCGAAGACGCCACUUGGGAUAGCAUCCGUUCUUUAGUUAGAUUGGUGCAUGUUGACUCUGGGUCCGCGCUGCGUUUUAGUGGCCGCCAGUUACCUUCGUGGGGCUUCCACCAGCAUGAAGUAGUCGCUGAUAAAGUCCUGACGCAUCAAGACACAGUAUGGAAUGUUGAAGAACAUCGAUAUACGAAAGCUGAAGACAGGAAAGAAAGGGAACGGGAACUCGUUAGUGCAGAAAUGAUACCAACAGCCGUAACGCAAUUGACAUUUUGGGAGAAGUUUGCGGAGUUGCAAUACAAAAUGAUAGCACACGCGCCUGAUGCUCCUCAUGGCCAUAUGUUCGCCAGCGACCCUUCCGAAUGGCCAUUACUCGUAAGGUCUAUCGCAUAUUGGUUAUCACCUAAUUCUAACGCUCAAGUUCAUUUAAUCGGAAAUCUAAUAACGUGGUACACUGGCUCCAUCUGUGUUCUGCUGUACAGCAUCUUCCUCGCCCUGUACGCCAUCCGUCAGCGUCGCGCCUGCUCGGACCUACCACCAUUUGCAUUGCAAAAGUUUUAUGAUGCUGGUUUCAUUCUCUUUUUAGGGUACUGGAUCCACUAUCUCCCUUAUUUCUUCAUGGAUCGUACCUUGUUUCUUCAUCAUUAUCUGCCUGCUUAUACCUUUAAAAUUCUACUACUCUCUUUUGUCAUAGACCACAUAUAUUAUAUUCUCCAGUCGCAAGAAAAAACUCGAGCAGUUACAAACAUAUUCAUUAUAUGUAUUGCAAUAUGGUUGGCAUAUGUUGUAUUGACCUUUAAAAAAUUCAGUGUUCUCAACUAUGGCAACAUUGACUUGACUGAAAAUGACCUUUUGAAUCUCAGAUGGAAGGAUACUUGGGAUUUUAUAAUCCAUAAAAAAGGAUGAUGAAUAUAAUCAUUAUAUAUUUUUUUAAGCUGCCAUUUCAAAGAUCUUGUCACUUUCUUGUAUAUUAACAGUUUAAUAGAUUAAGUUUUUAAAUUAAAUUCUGCUACACACAACUAAUAAUACGAUAAGGAAGCAUCAAGCUUUACCAUCAUAGUAUCUUACCAGGUAGGCUAGGAAUCGUAAAAAAUUAAGAUAUUUAUUAUUUUUGGUUCAAUUUUCUUUAAAUAUCAUUUUUCUAUCAGUAGUUGAAAAUUAUUUACAAAUGAACUAAGCGAAAAAUCGGCUAGUGUGUGAAACGGCUGUUAAAUGUUACGGUAAAAUUCCCUGAUGGAGCCAAUAACUUUUCUGUAACCCUUGCAACUAAAUUGUAAGAGAGGGGAAGAUACUAGGGUGAAAAGAACUCCAGCAUAAUGGGGAAAGCAUCCAGAGCACAAUCUGAAAGGAGAAGAAUCUUAAAAAAGAUUUAGAUAAGCAAAUUAUGGUAGAGGUACUCAGUAGGAUGCAUGCUUCUAUAAUAAUCCAUCUAAGCCUCCCAUAAUGGGUUUACUUUGUAGGUUUAUAUUUGUAAGUGUAAAUGAAGACAAGUAUAUCUCACGUAUCUCAUCAAUGUAAUCUAUAUUAAUAACUUUUUUGUGUAACAGAACUGAGAAAGAUCAAAUACUCAACUUAUUAUAUAACUAGAUUAUAAAUAUUUAAUGAUACCUGAAGUGAUUCCGUCCAUAAGUAUUUGUAUAAUUAAAUAACAUUAAAUUAUUAUUUUAUA